CACGAACACACGUAAGUAGACUCGAUAUAGGUCGCACCAUCUAACGCAUUGACACCUGAAGAGCACAAGCAUCGGAACGUGAAGAUGAAUGAGAGCACUUCUGCAGCAGAAACUGAUAAUCAGAUGAUGGAUCGUAAAACGAGGGUGAGCUCGGUGCAUUUCGAUGGUCUCAGCAACACGAAUCCAAUUAUAUUUAAUCCGAUUGUUUCUGGACUGAUGAAGCCCAAUUCACUAGGUGAUGUGAUUGAAGCCAUAGGGACAGCCUCAGCCCGCUUGAAACGCUUAGACAUAUUCAAAUCAAUAAAUUUCAAACUGGAGAAAUCGCACGAGUUUGAGGGCGAAAUCGACAUCAUCAUUAACGUUGUUGAGAAAGGAAGAUUUGAAUUACGGACCGAGACCCAGAUUGGAAAUCAGGAGGGUGAUCUGGUAAUAAGUGGAAAGGCCAGAAAUUGUGCUGGACGUGCUGAGGUGUUAUCCGGGAUAUACUCUGUGGGAACAUUAACGACCUCGUCAUUUCAGUUAGCUUUUACAAAGCCUCUCAAGCGGCACUGCCAUUCAUUCGAUCUGAGUGCCCACAAGACGAUACAUAAUCUUCAAUCAUUCCGGUCGCACCACGAAGUUUUGCGAGGCGCGGCCCUAAACUAUAAACGAGCGACUAAGUAUGGUGAACACGAUUGCACAUAUAAUGCAACUUGGAGAGAACUAUGCAGUCCGGGACCCAAUGCGUCUUGGGCAGUAAGGUCGCAAAUGGGGCACACCUUAAAGUCUUCCAUUAAGCAUACGUUUACUCGAGAUUUAAGGGAUAAUCCUGGGUUGAGCACUGGAGGAUACAGGAUUUCACUGACACAGGAACUAGCUGGUCUUGGCGGAGAUGCGAGCUUCUUCAAGGCGGAAGGAGAUAUACAAAAGUACAUCCGGCUUCAUCAUUCCGGAUUGACCCUCUCUUUAGGUGCAAGGGCGGGUGCGUUGUGGGCCACCGGGGGCACGUCAGCAGCUACAUCCAUAAGUGAUAGAUAUUUCUUAGGCGGCGCCAUGUCCAUGCGAGGCUUCAACAUGGCAGGCAUUGGUCCGAGGGAUAGAAACGAUUCACUUGGAGGUGAUGCUUUCUGGGCGACGGGGAUACAAAUCAGAUCACCUAUUCCGCUCCUUCAGAAAUCGACCGGCGAUACCCUUCAAUUGCACUCAUUCUUCAAUGCGGGGAGUUUGGCCAAUUUUUCGAGUGACAGUGCGCACCGGGGAUUAUUUCAACGCUUAAAGGAUAGUCCACUAAGAGCUAGUACUGGAGUGGGUCUGAUAUUGCAAAUGGGACCAGCCCGACUCGAGUUUAACUACUGCCUUCCGGUGAUGUAUGCCGCUACAGAUUUACAAAAGCGUGGAUUCCAACUAGGGGUUGGACUGAACUUCCUGUGAUGUAAUUUACUGAAAUAAAAGUUAAAUCAUCC